CAACAGUUUACAAGGUAAAAUCAUCGUGUGUAAAAUCAGAGGCGUUUGACAUGCUGUCCAACACUGAAAGUCGUUGGCUUCUCCCAACUUUUGUUAUUUCAACCGUAGCGAGCUGUACGUUUUAUUACCUUCGAUGGCUUAGACGUUUUGUGUGCAAAAUAUAUUAUAUUGAAGCUCCUGAAAAUACUCAAAAUAGUUUAAAUUACUUUAGAGAUCUUCAGUAAUAACAGAUUAAUGAAUUCGGAAUCGAAAGACCUGGACUUGAGAAAGGGCGAUGUAGAAAGACCACACUUCGAGCCAGUUACCACAUUGUCAGAUUCCCAGGCGAUUAGGAGCGUUGACUUUCAUCCAAAUGGAAAGUUGUACGCAGUGGGCUCCAACUCCAAGACCUUUCGCAUCUGCCAGUACCCCCAGCUGUCAAAGCUAAGGCAUGGCCAGCAGACGUCGGUGUAUCCCCCAUCCGUUCUCUGCAAGCGAACGAAACACCAUCGGGGAUCCAUAUACUGCACCUGUUGGUCACGAGAUGGAGAGCUCAUUGCCACCGGAUCAAACGACAAGACCAUCAAGUACAUGAGGUUCAACAACGACACCAACCAGUUGGUGGGUCACGAGAUGGAGCUGAAUAUGCACGACGGAACGGUUCGGGAUAUGUGUUUCCUGGACGACGCGUCCACCAAGUCCAGACUUUUGGCGAGUGGUGGGGCCGGGGACUGCAAGAUCUAUAUCACAGACUGCGGAACUGGCACUCCCUUUCAGGCCUACAGUGGUCAUUCUGGCCACAUUCUGUCACUCUACAGCUGGAACAAUGCGAUGUUCGUCUCGGGCUCCCAGGAUCAAACGAUACGCUUCUGGGAUCUGCGAGUAAAUGUCUCCGUAAACACCUUGGACAAUGACCGAAAAGAUGGUGGCAUGGAGAACUCGGCUGUAACUGCAGUUUGUGUGGAUCCCACGGGCAGACUUUUAAUUUCUGGACAUGCUGAUAGCUCUUGUGUUCUGUACGACAUCCGUGGAAACCGACCCAUUCAGCGAUUCUAUCCCCAUACUGCUGAAAUAAGAUGUGUCCGCUUUUCCCCAUCCGCCUACUAUAUGCUGACAUGCAGCUACGAUAAUUCGAUUCGGCUAACAGAUUUGCAGGGAGAUCUGGCCCACGAACUAUCUUCCGUGGUAGUGGCGGAGCACAAGGACAAGGCCAUCACCAUAAGGUGGCAUCCAACCGAGUUCAGCUUUAUUUCAACGUCUGCGGACAAGACGGCCACGUUAUGGGCCUUACCGCCGUCGUAAGGGCUAAAUCAUUGUUGCAAUAACGGCUUUAACUUCGUUGUCAAUAUUGUAUUUCUGCAGAAUAGUUCAGACUGAUCUAAUUUAUUAAAUAAACCGCAUUCCAAGAA